CGCGAAAGGCGUCAGCUAAUGAGCUGGAAGGAUUCCUCGGAACCAGACCUCCCAGAGAAGCAACACGGCUCCCUUCAGCCCCGCCCCGGCCCUCGGCGCCCCGCCCGGCUCCUGCCCCAGCUCCUGCGCGGUGGCGGUGCGGGAGCUUUGUGCGCCCUGGCCGGGAGAUGUGACCCAUGGGCACCCGCCAGCCGCGGCGGGGGGCGGCUUGGCUGCCGCUGUUGCUGCCGCUGCUCCUGCUGCCCCCCCCCGCGGCGCACACAGGAGAGUUGUAUUGUUCUUUGCCCAACCCUAGGAAUGUUCAUUUUGAAUCUACAAACAUGAAGAAUGUCCUUCACUGGUUAGCACCAGAAGGUACAGGAGAUGGAGUACUCUACAAUGUGAAAUAUUCAGUAUAUGGUGUUGGCAAAUGGAUAAGGAAGCCAGAAUGCAGGAAUAUCAGUACAACAUGGUGUGACCUCUCCAGUGAGACUGCUGACCAUGAAGAGCAAUACUAUGCGAGUGUGAAAGCCUUCCUAAAAGGGAAGUGCUCUAACUGGAUAGAGACAACACGAUUUAACCCUCUUACAGACACUAAAAUUGGCCCACCUAUGGUAAAUGUGUCUUCUACCGAGAAAUCUAUUUCAAUCACACUGACUGUUCCUGAGAAGUGGAGAAGUCCUGAUGGAGAAUCUAUAUCUCUGCUUCAAGUAUAUCCUGGCCUGCAAUACAACGUGUCUGUCCUCAAGAAAAAGACAAAGAAACGAUGGUUCUUCUCCAUCAGCAACAGCACCUUGGUUGUGCCCUGGUUAGAACCUGGAACAGCUUACUGUGUCAGUGCGCAGAUCCAUGUCACUACACCUCUUCUACACAGUGGGUUUUCCAAAGAACACUGCAUUUCUACUUUGAAAGAUAAAACAACAGAUGAGACUAUAACAGUUGUAUUUGGAUACAUUCUGCCUAUCGUGCUAGCUGUCCUUUUCACUUCAGUGGCAUGCUGCUGUGUGCACAGGUACAUUCAUGUCAGCAAACAGAAGCAUCCAACAAGCCUGGUAUGGCACUAUACUGAUAAAUGCAAGGAAAAGGUUUUUAUACCUUGUGAAAAAAUAGUGGUCAACCUUAUCACAGUUAAUGUGGAUGAGCACAGACCGUCUCAGGAAUCCAUUCAUCCAUCAGAAAUGAAAAGCCCCCGUUAUUAUACUGUUUACAGUGGCACUGAAGGGAGAGAUUUGUCUCCAAAAGAAGUGCUGGAAAUAAAAUACUUGCUGGAUAUUUCUCAUGAAGAGAUUUCACAAGAAGAGGACAUUUUAGCUGAGGGGGACAAAACUGGAACAAAGAAUGACCAGCCUGGAACAAAGAAUACUUUGAGACAAAAAAAUGGAGGGACUGUAGAGUAUGAACUCAGCGUAAGGGCUGAAGACUUCGGUCCUGGCCAAAACCUAGAAGAACUCAGUCUGAAAGAGAAGACUUCUGCACCCGGGGAACUAGGUGAGCCACAGACUGCUUUGGAAAACUUAGUUAAUUUUAAUACAGGAAACGCAUAUUGCCCCCAACUGGAGGUGAAGGCAGCAGACCCUUCUUUGGGACAGGAAUUAGAGGAACUUAAACUGAAGAUGGCUGAUGCAGUGGAUGAAUUGCUAGGUAAGACCUGCAUCAACUUGGUGGACUCAGAUGAUGAAAAAUCUGGGCAGACAUCUUAUCAUUGGCUGGGAAAAAUAGCGCAUGGUGUCACAGAGAAUGAGAGUGAACAGACCAUACUGGUAGACUGGGACCCACACACUGGCAGAUUGUAUAUUCCUACUUGGUUCACUGUUGAAAAUGAGGUGUGUAAAGGAGUAUUUAAGUGUGAUGUUCCUAACAAAGAGGGACUUUUGUCCAGACUGUAUGAGAAACAGGUAUCUGAAGAACCGUCUGAGGACCAAGAAAUGUAUCUGCUGCAAUUUCAGGAACAAUGGGGACUGCAUGUAGAAAUGGAAGACUGAACAAAGAUUUUCUAGAAUACUGUAAACCACAAAACCCUGUUUACUUUGCCAGAGAGAAUGGUGGACUCAGCAGAGGAAACAUAUCUUAAUGUAUUGGAAGUUUUUAGAACCAUCACAGUUGAACAACUUAUUCAUGAUAUUUAUAACAACUUCCAGGCAUGAUAUUGGUGAUUUCAACUCCCAUUAUAUACCUCUCUGGUAAAAUAUAAUGGUUGUGAGAUUAUCUUCUUUUUAAAAAAUAAAAAUCUCUGUAAAAAGGGUGCAUAUUGUAAUUGCUACUAAAGCAAAAUAUUUUGGUUUGAAAGCUGUUAUUUUUAGCAAUAAAAAGCAACAGUAUGAUAUUUUGCUGGGAUGUGCCAAGUACCUUGACACAACAUAGCCUUUUUUAUGUCUCAUUCCUGCUAGUUUUAAUGGGUACAGUUGAUUUUUUGUGGAAGUAAAGGGCACCUCCAAUAUAUGGUUUCUUUGUUUUAUCUACAUUCUAUUUAGUGAGGACAUUCUAAUCUUUUUUUUCAUGAAAGACUCAACUGGAAUGCACGGUCACUUCCCUACUGCUGCUCAGAUACACAUCCAACAAAAUUUCUUCUAGCAGGUACAGAUGCAGGUUCAGAAAACGUGGUGGAGAAGGUGGCAAGCACUAGUCAUAUUUUACUCUGAGGGAAAAUGUGGUGUGGGGGAAUUUAGUAAUACACCUGCAGUCUUACUGGAUGGCCUGUGCCUCACCCAGCCUUAGCCACUAGCAGUAUAGAAGCUGUUUCAUGAUGAAAUGACUCACGUCCUGCAAGUGACUGUUCCUCCCUAGUGACUUUAAUGGCAGGCUAGCAUGACUAGCUCAAAUGGAGAAGUCUGCUCUAGGCUCACCAGUGCUUUUCCAAGUACACCCCACUUAACACAGCAGACCCAGAAAGCGUCCUGGUGAGCUUUCUUUUCCUAUCUGAUGUCCAAAACAGGACUUUCAAUACAAGUUCACUUUUUAUCCACAUUCUGUAAUAUUUAGUUAGGAUAGUAAAAUUACCAGACAUUCUAGAAAUUACCUACUGAGGCAGGUGACACUUCCUUUCAAAGCCUGUUGGACCCUCUUUUCCUUAACAUACUUUUUUUUUUCUUUAGAACACCAGAGUAAAUCACAAUAAUGAUAUAUUUAGUUUUCAAGGAGAAACAACAAAAGAGAAAACUUUUCUGUUGUGUUUAAUACUCGUAACCUCCAAUACAUGGUGUAAUUUUGAAGGAAGAAAUUUAGCAAUAUCUUUUUUUAUUCCAGUAAUUUAUUUGUUGCAGGGCUUUGGCUUUUUCUUUGAGUAUUCAUCCUCCAGAAUAUCUUAGUUGCAGUCAUAGAUUUUAAAACAAGAAAUGACAGUCAAACAUUUCACACUGAUGACUACUGAUGUAACAAAAAAAAACCAAAACCAAAAAAAAAAACAACCUCUCAACUGUCUUUAUAAUAAGGAUAUAUAUUUUGCAGCAAUGUUACAUCUAAAUGCUUAUAUCAUGUAUUUAUCUUUUGAGAGAUUCACAGAGGAAGGUCACAGCUCAGGGUGAAAUAAGAAAAUAGUUGGAGAGUGUCAUCUGAAAAGCUGUGAAAAGGACAGAAUUUCUACUGUUACACACCAGCUUCAUUAAGCCAUCCAAAAUAGUCCCACUAUUUCCUAAAGAUUUCUUAACUAACCUCUGGGAUCACAGUCUUCCAGUUGACUUCUGUGAUAUGGGCACUUGUUUUUUUCUUCCCAGUGAAUAACUUCCUUUUCUUUUUCUAUAGCCCACUGAAUUUUAUUCACUUAUUCCUGUCCUAAGAUCAAUUAAUUGUUCAUCUUGUAUGUCUUUCAUACAGAAGAGCGAAGAUGCUCCAACUCCCCUACUAGUUUGUUUCUGCUGCCAACCAACAUUCCUUGAAAAGGAAGGCAUCUUUAUUUUUGGUUUGCAUUUUCUCUGGUUUUAUUUGCCAGCUGUUGGUGUGUGCAACGAAGUUUGCCCCAAUAGUUGUGCAAAGACACAUACCACGAUCAUGUCACUGCUGAUUAAAUUUGAGAACUUGACAAAUAAAUCAUACAACUUCAUUUCGUCCAGUUCUUUGGUCAUUUAAUCCUCUUCCUGCACAUAUAAUUGUAUUUUUUAACCUUCCACUUAUAGUUCAGUUGUGUAGCAAUUAAUUUCUCUCUUGCACUUGAAAAAAGGCAUCACCUUCGUAGCUAAUGUUAAUUGUGAUCAUAAUAUAUGGUAUUGAGAUUUUUGUAAUCAAGCUGCAUUUUCAGGAUAAAAUUUCAUGAUAAAUAAGUUUGCAGAUGACACAAAUUUGAGUGGCAAUAUCAAGCUGCCUGUCAGGCUAGAGGAAAAGGAUGCCAUGCAGAGGAACCUGGAUGGUAUUGAGAGGUAGGCCCAUGCCAAUCUAAUGGAGUUCAACAAGGCCACGUCAAGGUUCUGCAUCUGGGACGGGACGAUCCCAAGAGCAAGUACAGACUGGACAGAGAAUUGCUCAAGAGCAGCCCUGAUCUGGGGGUGUUGACUGAUGAAAGACUCAACAUGAGCCAACAGUGCAUGCUUUCAGCCCAGAAGGCCAACCAUAUCCUGGGCUGCAUCAAAAGAAGUGUGACUAGCAGGUCAAGGGAAGUGAUUCUGCCUUUCUACUCUGCUCUCAUCAGACCCUACCUGGAGUGUUGUGUCCAGUUCUGGGGCCCUCAACACAAGAAGGUCAUCGAGCUGUUGGAAUGGGUCCACAGGAGAGCCAUAAAGAAAAAGAGAGGACUUGACCACCUUCCCCAUGGGGAGGGGCUGAGAGAGUUGUGGCUCUUCAACCUGGGGAAGAGAGCGCUGCAGAAGGACCUUAUAGCGGCUUUCCAGUACCUGAAGGGGCCCUACGGGAAAGCUGGGAAAGGACUUUUUUUUGAAUGCCAGGACAAGGGGAAAUGGCUUUAAACUGGAAGAGGAUAGGUUUAGAUCAUAUAUUAGAAAGAAAAUGGGAGGGUGAUGAGACAUUGGAACAGGUUGCCUGGAGAGGUUGUGGAUGUCCCUUCCUUGAAGGCUUUCAAGGCCAGGCUGGAUGGGGCUUUAUCAAGCUGGUCUAGAGGGAGGUGUCCCUUCCUAUAGCAGAGGGAUUGGAACUAGAUGUUCUUAAAGGUCCCUUCCAACCCAUUCUAUGAUUCAGUGGUGAAUUUAUGUUUCAAAAUAGUAGCUAAUUUCUGGGCAAAUAUAUUUGCAAUGCAUUUUUUGCUUCCUUUUAAUCUUAAUUUGUUUUGUUUUGUUUUUUAU